CGAAGCGACAGUCGUUGUGUGGAAAACGCAUAGACACCAUCAGUGCUUUUUACUUUUUCACGUCGUAGAAGGAAAUCGUAAGUCCGAAUCCUAAUCUCAAGCUAUAAUUUCUCCGUUUUGUCCAAUUUUGUGUUGCUUAAACGCUUCUCGAACAAUCUCGUCUGAAACGGUGUUUUAUCUCCCAUAUCAAUCAGUGAGAGCAAAUAAUCGGAAGCAAAAGAGAGCCACACUCGGUCGAAGUUUAAUCUUCCUAAUUCUUAAUAGUGCAGUAAUUAGUCGUCGGUUUAGUUUGUGAAUUGAUUGGAGGAAAGGAUCGCCUCGAGUGGCGCUAGCGUUUUAUAUGACUUUAGAAAGAAUCCAAGAAACACCAGCACUCAAAGGAGCACCGCUUUCUCCCCUCUUAAGGAGUUUAAGUGGUACAUUGUGCAUGAUUUCUCAACAGCGUAGCGUAAGUCACAGGACUUCUAAAUAUUCCAGCAAUAGACAUCGGAAACUGCAACCAUUUAGAGAAACGUGAAGAUCCUGUCGUUCCAGGGACACUUUACUUGCCGAACACCGUGUUAGUCGUCAGAAUCCGAAUCAACAGCUAAAAUAAAAGAAAAAAAAAUCCGUUUGCGUCGCCAGCAGUUUAUUAGUGAAAGCGAGAGGUGAGGCUAUUUGCCGUUUAAACUUACACCGGAAACAGCGCUGUAAAUAACAAUCAAGAUCUCGUUCAACAUUGGCGGAUCGUAGCAUCGCUGCCCAAUUUCCAAGAAUAAGCGUCUCAACGCUUCCAGUAACUGUGCGUGUAUGUGUUUGGAACUGUGUGAAUCGGUCACUGGGAACAGCAAAAUCGGUUUUCCAAAGUUAACCAUUAGUAGAUUAUCGCAUCCUUAGGUUUAGAUUUAUUUCCGUUGUUUCAGCAGUUUCUCUUAUUACGUUUGUUUAUGUUAUAACUGGAACUUGUUUAUCCUUUUAGUUGCUAGCACUUCUUUAUUUUGUUUUUGUUUUGUUUCCUUUUUCGUUUUCCACUCUUAGAUAAGUGCUGCAGUGUGAGCAAUCGAAAUCGCGUCAAGUUCUAUCAUUGUCUACGGGAGCGCAGCAAACUCCACCCAUAAAUUAUUUGAAGGCAGUAGCCAUACAGCACAGUAAAAUUCCUAAUCGAGCCGUGAAAUCAGCACCAUUGCGCGUCAGCAGAAUACACGAAUCCGUAAUCCAUAUACAAAUGCUUUUGAUAUCAACCGUGGAACCACAAAUCGGAGACGGAGACUCAAUUGUCACCAUCAUCGACAACAUCGUAGUAAAACCUAACAGUUGUAAACUUAAACUGAGCGGUCCCAUCCUCUCGCAUCAGUGUCAGCAAAUGAAUUUGGCUUGCUAGACGAUAUAAGCUUACAGGGCGACAGUAAACUGGCAGGACCCGCCAGAAGUCCAUCACGUGUAUCAUUCCGGAUUAAAAUCGAUCCCAAGUGAGAGACAAAUCAUAGUUCGUUCUGAGAAGAGAGUAUACCAAUACUAUCGAGAUUGAAAGAUUUUAUCUUACUGAUUGUGUCACUUGUUCCAUCUAAGAGUAAAGUAACGUCCUAUCGCCAUCAUGGGUACCGUAAACGUCAACCGCAAUGUGGCGGAUGUGUUCUACCGUUAUAAAAUGCCCCGGAUUAAUGCCAAGGUCGAAGGAAAGGGAAACGGCAUCAAGACGGUCAUCGUCAACAUGGCCGACGUGGCGCGUGCAAUUGGCCGUCCGGCAACGUAUCCAACCAAGUACUUUGGUUGCGAGCUGGGCGCGCAGACUCAGUUUGACUACAAGAAUGAACGCUUCAUCGUCAAUGGAUCGCACGACGCCAACAAGCUGCAAGAUCUGCUGGAUGGUUUCAUCCGCAAGUUCGUUCUUUGCCCGGAGUGCGAUAAUCCCGAAACUGAUCUGAUCGUGUCGUCGAAGAAGGGUACCAUCUCGCAGGGUUGCAAAGCGUGCGGAUUCCACGGUCCAUUGGAGGUCAAUCACAAAGUUAAUACCUUCAUUAUCAAGAAUCCACCGAACGUGAACCCAGCAAACCAGGGCGCGUCGUUGACUGAGGGAAAGCGCAAAGCACGUGCUAAGAAGGGCGGCGAAAAUGGCGAUGACUCGAACGCCGCUGACAGCACUCUGGAUGCUUCCACCGCUGCCGAUGACACCAUUGAUGGCCAAGCUGGACGCAUGAACGGAGAUGACGAUGAGGACGUUAACUGGACGGUAGACACUUCGGAGGAAGCUGUCCGUGCUCGUAUGCAAGAUUUGACUGAUGGGGCGAAAAACAUGACAGUUUCGGAUGAUUUUGAUAAAACCGAAAAGGAACGCUUGGACAUAUUUUAUGAGCUGGUGAAGAAGAAGCGCGAUUCUGGUGAACUGGAGAAUGUUCAAACUCAUAAGGAACUCUUUACGGAAGCUGGUCUCCUAGAUAUCCAGGCAAAAUCGACCCUUGUACUGGCUGAACUAUUGUUCACUGCUAACAUUGUCCAAGAAGUUCGUAAGCAUCGGAAAUUGCUGCUUCGUUUCACCCAUGAAGACCUCAAAGCUCAAAAAUACUUAAUCGGUGGUCUAGAGCAAAUUUUCUCGCUGCAUGCUGAUAAACUAAUGGAAAAAGUGCCCAAUAUCUUCAAGCUGUUCUACGACACUGACAUCCUGGAUGAGAAGACAAUCCUCGAGUGGUCGCAAAAGGUAAGCAAGAAAUAUGUCUCCAAGGAGGUAGCUGCGCAAAUCCACGAGAAGGCUCUUCCGUUCGUCAAGUGGCUUCAGGAAGCGGAAGAAGAGGAAUCGUCCGAGGAUGAAGAUGACUCCGAUGUCGAGAUCGAGUAUGAUGAUCGUGCCAAAACCGACUCCCUGCGCAAAGAACCUGUCAAGCAAGAGGUCAAGAAAUCGAAGCCUAUCGAGGAGGAAGAAGAUGGUGACGAUCUCAACAUUGAUGAAAUUUAAAUGUGUGUUUUCUCCCAAAAUCAAACCAACAAAAUUCCCUGUUCUAAAUUUAAACAUUCAUUUUUGAAAUGCCAUUUAAAACAAAAGCUGAUAACAGUAUCACAACAACCAAAAAUCUAUUGCGCAAUUCAGUAGCAAGUAAAAAGUCACAAACAUUAUAAACAUGAUUGUUUGAAGCUCCAUAGGAAGCGACGAUGUUUGUAAAUGUUGGUAUGAACAAACAUGUCAGAUAAAUAGCAAGUACUGAUUGGUCAAUUUUGAGGGUAAACGAUUUCAAUUCUAUAAAACAAAAAUUCGUUUGUACAAGUUUGUAACCCCCAUUCUUUAGUAAUAAUAAAUUUCAAAGUUAAUUUUGAGCGACACGAAUAGCAAUAUUUUUUGACGGGGAACAAUGGCUUGGUUUGAUUCAAUCUUUUCACAUUUUUAAUACUUUAUCACAAAUUUGCUCUGGGUUUAAAUUUUAUGCAUAUGUUCCAUUUAUCACAAAAACUUGAUGCUUUUAAUAGAAUGUUCUAUUCCUACGCAUAAAUAAAAGAAACCUAAGCAAACAAAAUAGGGCAGGCAUCGGUUUGUUCGAAUGGAAAACUGAAAUAAAUAUUUAAAGAUACGAAUAAUAUUGUAAUCAAAUUAUGUUUAUCAGCAAAAAUACACAAUUCAAAAAACAA